GCCACUAUUCAUUCUACCAUGGUUGGCUUGAUACCAAAGAUAACGUUAGUGUUGUGGGCUGUUAUUAGCUGGGUUCAUGCCCAUGGGUACAUGUCUUCGCCCGCCGCCCGUAACUCGGCUUGGAGGUUCGGCUUUAAAACUCCCACCAACUACAACGACAAUGAACUCUUCUGUGGUGGUCGAGAGGUGCAACACUUCAAAAACGGAGGAAAGUGUGGAGUGUGUGGUGACAACUGGCAGGUGCCGGAGCCACGACCACACGAGCGUGGGGGACAGUUUGGCCGCGGUGUCAUCACUGCCAAUUACACUGAAGGACAGGUCAUCCCCAUCACUAUACACAUUUCCGCCAACCACCGGGGAUGGUAUGAGUUCCGGCUAUGUAACAAUAAUAAUCCCUGGGCCCGGGACUCUCAGGAGUGCCUCAAUAAGCAGGUGCUCUCCAUGGCGGACGGCUCUGGUACCCGCUACACACUGGACGGCGCCAUUCGUAACGACCACACCAUCUACGUCCAGUUGCCAGCCCGCCUCUCCUGCACCCACUGUGUUCUCCAGUGGACCUGGGUCGUUGGAAACAGCUGGGGUAAGUGCCCUGACGGUACUGGUAGAAAUGGCUGCGGGCCACAAGAAACCUUUGUCAACUGUGCGGACAUCAGUAUCCUACCUAAAAACUACAGCCACAAGAAACAUUUAAAGCCCAGUUACAAUUUCAAAUGGUGGUAAUGGUCGAGACCUCGUGUGACUCAUUGCGUUUACACCCGUGCCGGGGAUCGAACCAUGGUCUUUUAGUAUGUGAGCUGAGUGCUCUACCAACCGUGCCACGCAACACAUUUGUUAUGGUUUCUAAAUUAUAUUCACAUAAAUGCGCUAAGCCCGUACGGGUCAGCGUGUAUUUACUGUAAUUGUGAUUUUUUUUCUUUGAAUUUCUAAAUAUUUAUAAUAGUAACAUUUAUGUGAAAAAUGUA